AUGGCCGAUAUCGAUGUUCAGGUUGCUCAAUGGAAGCUGGUUGAGGUUGGCCGCGUUGUGCUGAUCCGCAGCGGUCCUUACACCGGCAAGCUCGCUGCCAUUGUUGAGAUUGUCGACCACAAGCGUGUCUUGGUCGACGGUCCCUCCACCGAGGAGCAGAAGAUCGUUCCCCGCCACGUCCUUCCUCUCUCCCACGCCACCCUCACUCACUUCGUCAUCCCCCGUUUGCCCCGUGCUGCCGGUACUGGCCCCGUGAAGAAGCUUUGGCAGAAGGAGGAGAUCGAUGGCAAGUGGGCCAAGUCCAACUUCGCCCAGAAGACCGAGCGCGCUGAGCGCAGGAAGAACCUGUCCGACUUCGAGCGCUUCAAGGUCCUCCGCCUCCGGAAGCAGGCUCGCUACGAGGUCCAGAAGGCUCACGCUAAGCUCAGGGCGGCUGCUCCUAAGUCAUAG